CGUGCCUCUAUUCGAAGCUCUCCAUUACCACAAUUGACACACCAUCUCCCCCCCACGAUUCCAAAUAGCAUACAAUUUACGUUACUAAAUUAACUGGACAAGGCUUUGUUAACAAGAGCAAUGGCCGACCACUCACACUCCCACUGCCACGACGAACACUCCCACGGCCACGGAGAGGGUGCGCAUGACCACUCCGACGACGUCACACCCGCCAUUCAAUCCUCUCUCUACAAGCACAUAGACUUUGACAAGAUAACCACUCUGAACGAAGCUACUCCCGGCAGCGGACGAGAUGUCGUUAGGAAAUCCUGGGAGGACCGGCUCGCCGGCACCCCCACCGUCGAAAGUGAUGCAGACGAGGAGCUCUUAAUGUUCAUCCCGUUUACCGGCCUCGUAAAGCUCCACUCAAUCCUCAUCGGCGCGAACCCCGGAAUCUCUGCCCCGAAAACCUUGAAGCUCUUUUCAAAUCGCGACGAUAUGGACUUUACUUCUGCUAGCGACACACAAGCCGUACAGACACUGGAUCUCCCAGUGCCGCCUCCCGGAAAUGACAGGGUUAUGGAGCUCCCAGUGAAGCGAGCGUUGUUCAACAAUACUAGAUCCCUGACUCUCUUCUUUGAGAAUAAUCACUCGGAUGGGGAGGAAGUUACGCAGAUUACAUAUUUGGGGUUUAAGGGGGAUUUGACUGAGUUGAAGAAAGAGCAUGUCGUUACGCUGUAUGAGGCCGCUGCAAACCCAGCGGAUCAUAAGAACUUGGUCCCAGGUGCGAAGUAUGGUUCUUUAGGGUUGGGCGGGAGACAGGGCGAUGGGUUUUAACGUGAUGAGAGAAAGGGUGCAGUUUCUUAAAUUUUCGGCUGAGGUCAAUGCUUGGUCGGUUCAGUUUGUCAAAAGGUCUUUGAAAGGUUGUCUCGCGGUUUGUAUUA